AUGGGUGCCUUCAUAGCCAAGAUGUUGCUUCCCACCGUGAGCAGCCUGGUGUUCCUGCCUGCAGCCAGCGUGGCAGCCAAGAGGGGCUUCCACCUGGAGGCCAUGGUCUACUUCUUCACCAUGUUCUUCACCGCGAUCUAUCAUGCUUGUGACGGUCCAGGUCUGUCCAUCCUGUGCUUCAUGAGAUACGACAUUCUGGAGUACUUCAGCGUUUAUGGGACGGCGCUCUCAAUGUGGGUCACCCUCACUGCUCUGGGGGAUUUCGAUGAGCCACAGCGCUCCAGUGUCACGAUGUUCGGAGUGUUGACCAUCGCUGUGAGGAUCUACCAGGACCGCUGGGGCUACGGAGUCUACUCUGGACCGAUCGGAUCCGCCGUCUUCAUCAUCACCGUCAAAUGGUUGCAGAAGAUGAAGGAGCUGAGGGCGGUCUACCCCGAGAAGUCCGUGUACACGCAGCAGGUCGGUCCAGGCUGCUGCUUCGGCGCCCUCGCCCUGAUGCUGAGGUUCUACUUCGAGGAGUGGGACUACGCCUACGUCCACAGCUUCUACCAUCUGUCUCUGGCUGUGUCCUUCGUCUUGCUGCUGCCGAAGAAAAGCCGCUACGCGGGGACGGGACGGAGCGCGGCCAAACUCAGCUGCUUUACCCUCUGCUGCUGCGGUAUUUCUCCUGCCUCCUCUCGAGAGAAGACAGACAAGCCCAAGAAGAAGUCGUCUCGGCCCGUGUGGACGAUCCCCACCGAGAAGCCAUGGUCGAGAAGCUGCAGCAGCCCCACCCUGCCGCUGUACACCCCCCCGCCCUCCACCCCGGUCAAAGGGACCAGCAUCAGCAAGCUCAAAGAGAUGAACGGCUGGAAGUGA